AAAGGGGGGAAGUAUCCAGAGAAAACUACAAAGGGUGGAGUUGAAAUGUUAGUUAAGGGUGUAGUCGGAGGGAUGUCGAGACACGAGAAAGAAGCCCCGAGCGGUUAAAAUGCUCGUACGGAAGCCAAAUCAAGAGCAUCAUCUUGUCAGUCGGUUAGUCAACGCUCGGUGCUGGUGAAAUGAGGCUGGGAUGGUGACGCGUGAGUUUGUCUGUGGCAUAAUCUACUGUGCCCUGUGGUACGGAAGUAUCGUUGCUGGGUUUCUAUUCAUCGCUUGUCCACUACUUCCGCUUUUGAUUCUAUCACCUCCGAAGUUUCGAAAAUGCGGGGAUUUACUGUUCUCGUAUUGGGAGCUGUACCCCACGGCACUGCUGGAGAUGUUCGGAGUGAAGGUGAUAGUAUCGGGUGACCAUAUAUCGCCUAAUGAGUCGGCCAUACUCGUGAUGAAUCAUCGGACCCGUGUCGACUGGAACUUCCUUUGGGCGGCGAUGUACCAGGCGUGCAUGCCUAGUGUCGCUGCCCACAAGCUCAAGUUCAUCCUGAAGGAUCCGAUUCGUCACAUCCCAGGACCAGGUUGGAUAAUGCAGAUGAACGGUUUCCUUUACAUAACUCGUCGUUGGGAAGAGGACAAAGGCCGGCUGUCCCGCACACUCGACUACCUCGUGGCCCUCCAGCGUCACACCCAGCUCCUAAUCUUCCCCGAGGGGACAGACCUCACCCCCAGCAGCAAGGAAAAAUCCGACAAAUUCGCAGCUAAAAAUAAUCUCCCCCAUUACUCUCACACUCUCCACCCGAAGACAACGGGUUUCACUCACCUAGCCCGCCACCUCCAAGGCUCGCAGUACCUGGACGCCGUCUACGACCUGACCAUAGGCUACCCCGACUACGUGCCCCAAUCGGAGAUCGAUCUCAUCCGUGGAAGAAUGCCGAGGGAGGUGCAUUUCCACGUGACGAGAAUUCCCUCGUCUGAGGUACCUAACGACGAAGAGGGACUGAGGAAAUGGUUAGAGGGGAGGUGGAGCGCCAAGGAGAAGAUGCUGUCGACCUUCUCCGAGGAGAAACAAUUUGUCACCGAUCCGUGGAGAUUUCCAAUGACAAUUUCCCUGAGGAUAGCCUUUGGAUUUUGGACGAUCUUAACGAUCACGGCUGCCCUUAUGCUGAUCACUUCCACUUGGUUUCAAUUAUGGACACUCGCACAUGCAAUUUUUUUUGUCUGUCUGUCGAUAUUCAGUACCGGGUUCAGUCAGCUGGAGAUCGGCUACUACUGGAAGUGGAAGAACUUUUCGAAGAGUAAAGAGCAUUAAAAGUGGGGAGAACUGAUUUUGGGGGAGUCUUUCUGGGAAUAUCUCGACAGCUGAGGACAGGAAUUCAUGGCCAGAUAUGAAUGUAUGUUGAGACCUGAAAUUCUGUUCAUAUUCAAUUUUAUGUCGAGAUUGGAAUUUACGUUCAAACUGGAGAUCAUGUCUGACAGACCUGAAUUCAUUUCUAGACAGGACUUUAUGUCUGGGCAUUAAUUCAGGUCUGAAAAUUAAUUCAAUUUUCGCAGCCCUGAAUUCAUGCCUAGACAUGAAUAUCUGGAAAUGUGGUAGACCUGAAGUCAUGUUCAGAAAUAAAUUACUGUCUGGAAAUAUAGUGGACCUGAAUUAAUGUUCAGAAAUUAACUCGGAACUGUGCAUGUAUUCAGGUCUAUGAAAUUCGAAUUUAUUUCCAGACAGGAAUUCAUGCCUGAAAGACCUGACUUCAUUUUCAGACAGGAAUUUAUGUCUGGGCAUGAAUUUGUCUGAAAAUGAAUUCAAUUCUUGCAGUCCUAAAUUCAUGCCGAGGCAGGAAUGUCUGGAAAUGUAGUAGACCUGAAUUGAUGACCAGAAAUUAAUUCCUGUCUGCGAAUGAAUUCGGUUCUACAAAAUCGGCAUUUAUUUCCAGACUGGAAUUCAAGUCUCGAUAUGAAUUCAGGUUUGAAAGACCUUAAUUUAUUUCUGGACAGGAACUUAUGCUAGGAUCUGAAUUUAUUUCGAGACAUAAAAUUCAUGUUCAGACCUGGAAUCACAUUCUCGAUUUUCUAUUCAGAUAGGAAUUUAUGUCUGGACAGGAAUUCACGCCUGGAAAACAAAUUUUCAACUCAAUCUGAAUUCAUUUCUAAACCUGAGAUCAUGUCCGGACAUAUGAACUCCGGUCCGAAACAAAAUUCAUAUCUAGACACAGAAAUUCCUGUCCAGACCUAAAUUCAUGUCCAGACUUGAGUGAUGAUAUCUUUAAAAUGGGAUCGAACGAAAACUAAAUACAAAGAAGGUGUCCACACGAAUUUUGAUAUCUUUUAAAUUCCGAUAUAUUUACCAAUCUAACGCAUCCCGUUUCACCACUUCACUAGUUUAUUUUCGGUCAGGAAAUCCUGCACCUGUAGGGGACCUUGUGGCGUAGCACUGUGAUAUUGAUGUACAUAGGUAUAGGUUUGUGUACAGACAUAGGGAGAAACGCCAGUACCGGAAAUACUAAUUAAGAAAAUUUGUCUUUAGUGAUUGGAAUUCCUAUUUUCCUGUCGUAAACUGAUUCUCAUAAAUGACAGAAUCAUUAGUCUGAUCAAUCGUUAAUUUUGAUGCAUAAAAAAUAUCAAAUCCAUUAUUAUUCAUAAAGACAAUUUUUAGAACACGAGAAGAAUUAGAAGUAGAGUAAAUCUUUAGAAUUGCAAGUAAAUCCCCAAUUUUUCACAUUAGAAAUUGAUUUUUGUUGACGGAAAUUUACGUUAGUGAAAUCUGGCAAAAUCUCUAGCCAUUUUUUUUUCAAUAUUUACAUCAUAUUAAUGAGUAAUUGACUCCAUAAUUUAUGGAUAAAAAAAAUGAAGAUGUUAGAUUAUAUUUUUUCUGAAUGUCUAGCAAUAAUUUAGAGUUAAGAAACAUGAAAAUGUGAAUUCACGUGCCAAAUGAAUAAAAAUUAAACAAAACUUCUAAUGAAGUUGUCAUCUCUAACUCGGAGAUGGAAUUUACGAUUAACUUAGCUAGUCUCAUGUGAUGAGUAAUAUCUAUAUUGAUAAAUAUACUCCUGUUUUAAUCGAUAAUGUAAAUAAUAAAAAGUACCUUCGGUGUUAAUUGGGAAGAUAAAACUGUCGAACACUAUACAAAUCACUGAUACAUGACAACAAUCCUAUCGUCUGUGUAAUGAAUAAUCAUUGUGUACCUUCUCGUACCUUGUGUAGGCUCGUGUUACUGGAAUAAGUACAAGUUAAUCUAAUUGUGUAGCCGAAAUGUCUGGUCAUAGUGUAAUCGUGUAAUCGUGAGGAAAAACAAGACAAAUAUAUGGAAAAUUUAAAAGUAAUUCAUUUAUU